AUGAAAUUAACACAAAAGACCAUAUUUCAAUGCUUUGAUAAGUCUCAAAAACAAUCACCAAUAGUUAUAAAUGAAAAAGAUGAUGAUAUAAUCGAAUGUGAUGUGGAACUUGAACCGCCGUUAUCAAUCGAGCAACCAGAAUGUCAAACAGAUUUUCUUCUACCAGUACACGUACGCCAAGACGAUACAUCAUUGCAAGAUGAGAUCGUACCUUUAAUCAGUCGAUGGAAAGUGGCAGAAGAGGAUGGCGAUGAUAGUAUCCCAUUGCAUCAUUCCAAUGAUUUUUAUCGUAUAUGUCCUUUCAACGAUCCAGACCAGACUGCAUCUCCAAGAGUUCAAUUUAAGCAUAUUUCAUCGCGUGAUCGUCAGAUGGAAUUGUUUCAACAGUACACUAAUGAUGAACUGAGUUCAUACGCUCAAUCGACUAUUGAUUGGCAAACAAUGUUUCAAUAUUUGCAAGACUAUCGAACGAAAGCAAUCGAGCAAAAUCAAUACGAACAGUUACCUUGGACGGAAGUGUAUCGAGCGCGACAUACGAAAACUUACCUCGGUAGUCACACGAAACAGAUCAGACGUUUAAAUGAAUGGUUUAAACAUUGGACAAAGAAAUUGCAUAACGAAAAGCCAAAGAAAACCACACGCAAAGGACGAAAACGUACCAGAGGUUAUGAGGAUAAUUCAGAUGAGGAUUUCAUAGACGAAUCGAAUAUGAUAUAUUAUAAUCGUUGUCAAUCAAAACAGGAACAUCCACAGUUGAUUUUUAUACACGGUUGCGGGACAACAUCGCUUGUACAUGCACUUGCAGAAGAACACCAUUUUAAAGUGACUGAGAUCAAUGGAGCACAAUCUCGUGCACGUGCACCGCUACUUAAACAACUAGAACAAGUGACUAGUCAUCAUUACUUAUCACUAAAACGUUGUGCGUCAGAUACGAUUUUACCAUCAGAGGACCCUAUGAAACUCAAUACGUCUUUGCCAGUAAAGAAAAAAGCAAAGAAUGAGCGCGGUACGAUCAUGUCGUUUUUCAAUAGCAAGAAAACUGAUCAAACUGAUGAACAUAAAGAAAACAAUACUCGACGUCGGUCAGAUUCAACAAACAAAGUCAAUGCAAUGACAACUAGACGGAACAAGAAGCAAGAAGAAGAAAAACAACAACAACCUGUGUCUACGGAUCCAUCUUUACUUUCAUCAGUACAUGUGGAAAAGUCUUCUUUGAUUCUUUUUGACGAAAUUGAAACAUUAACAGCAGAUGAUCAUUUUUGGUCAUGUUUGAAGAAGGUGCUUGAAACCGCAAAGAAACCGAUCAUAUUAACAUCGAAUAGUCGAAGUAAUCCAGAAGAUGUUAUAUUUAAUCUUUCCAAAAUAGGAGAUUAUGAAAUGAUUCAUCUUGAACCCAGCGAACCAGAACUUAUUUUCUGUUUUCUUCGACUGAUACUCUUGGUUGAAACGCUCGAAAUACCUGUACUCAAUGAUCUGGUAGCUCUUUUUCAAUCAUGCUCUUGUGACUUACGUCAAAGUCUAUUAACAUUACAAUUUCUUGCACAAUCGUCGCCGAUAGCUUGUACAGAUCACAUCUCAACUGAACGGACCGAAGAGAAAUCGAAACUGCAGUCUUCACGUCUUUUUGAUACAAUGUAUUACUCUUAUCUUGCUGAGCAAUGGGAUGAGUCCAUUCUCAAAGCUCCGUUUGACGAUCUGACGAGAAAAUACACAUGUGAAUAUGAACAAUCUCAUCUUUUAUUAGCUAAUCACUGUAAGAAUGACUCGAAAAGAAUCGAAUUAUAUGAUACAUUCAAAAUGUUCAUGCAAGAACAAAAUACGGAAAAUCUUAUCAAUCGGCCAGCUUUUUAUCUAGAUUAUCGACCAUAUAUUAGACAAAUGUGUCAAAAUGAGCAAACACGAGCUGCUGAAUCGACUUCUACUCGACGUCUUCGGCAUUGUCUCAGUUUUCGCGGUUGUUCAUUACAAUGGUCAGAUUUUGCAACUCUCUCGGGUGGUCUCGAUUGA